AUGUACCACGUCCACGGUCCUACUCUGGAAAUGAUGAUGCAUACAAUGGACUCCGCACAAGAUCCUAUUGAUAAAACUAAGCAAAAUAAUCUGACUGACUUGACGGUUCUGGCUUAUUCAAGGGAUCCUUCUCAUUCGACUAAUGCAAAUCAUGUGAAUGAUCUGAAUGAAUUUGAUGCUCUGGUUUAUUUGAAGAAUCUGGCCGAUUUGAAUGGACCAAAUAAACUGAAUGAACUGAAUGAUCUGACUAAUCUCAGUCAUCUGGAUGAUCUGAAUGAUCUAGCUUAUUUGAAUGAUUCUUUUCCUACUGAUAUUCUUAAUUUGAAUGAAUUAUUUGAACGAUCUGGCUUAUUCAAUGUUACGACGGAUCACUCGGAUCCGACAAAUCCGAAUAAACCAACUGAUCUGGCUGUUCCAACUGAUCCUGUUGAUACAAAUUAUCCGGCUCAUCCCGAUGAUCUGAAUGCUCUGGCUUAUUGGAAGGGUCUGACUGAAUAG